UACACGAAUGCAAUUGCAAAGAAAAUCUCUCGUACUGUUCGCGGCCGCACGAGACCAACACCUCGAGUGUUGGACUGGAUCUCGUCAGCUUGCAUUGCGGUAGGCGAGCUCCACGUCGUCAUCGACCUCGCGACGGCCCUGCUCCCCUUCGCUCCUCGCCAUCCUGACCACUACAGCGCACCAAUAUGCCAUCAUCAGAGGCGCCAUCCUGGCUUUCUGAGCUGCUCAGGACUGCUCCUACCUUCACGCUGGAGCCCUCCUCCCACUCCAAACCCAACCAUCCGCACCUCCGCUCAACGAUUGCAGACCUGCAAGUCCAUCCCGCUCUGGAAGCUGGGCUUCACCUCGCGAAUCGCGAUCUCUACUCUGCCCACUUCUUGGUACGCAAGGGACAGGGAGGAGCGCGUGAGCUCGAUUGGGGACAUGCGCUCUUGCAUCGGUUGGAGGGAGAUUGGGGGAAUGGCAAGUGCUGGUACACAGACCUGGACAACCAUGCUGCUCCGGGCUCCAUCUACAAGCGCUUCUUCUCCUCUCUGCCUAAGGAAUUGACCGCCUGCCAGUUCGUCGACUUGACCGCCUUCUACUCGAUCCCCUCGGAAGCGACGCCUGACGUGAUAGCCCAGCAAGCGCACAAAGUCUUCCAAAGCAGCGAGUCAUUCGGCAAGGUGAAGACGGGCUUCAGCCGCGAGCAGCUGGAUCGUUUCGUCGCAGAUCCCAGCUCAGCCCCAUUGUCUCGCGCAGAGACGGAGGAGUGGGCGCGCAAGGAGCUCGCCGCGAUGGUCGAAGGCUUAGCGGAGGAGCAUGGCUGGGCGCCGAUGGGUAUGAAGGAGAGCGUAGAGGCGCUCAAAGAGCAAAAGGGCGGGGAAGAGGGGCAGGCUGUUAGCCAUGAUGCUCAGGGGAUGGUAUUGGGUGGGGGAGGAGGCAGGAAGUACUAG